AUGGGCAGCGUUUUGGAAGAGUAUUUGCGCUCUCGCAGCGGCAAACAAGACGCAUCCGCGACUCCCAUUGCGAUCAUUGAUGGCGGAUUGGCCACUCGUCUAGAGACGCUUGGCCAGGAUCUCAGUGGAAGUCUGUGGUCUGCUGCUCUGCUCAAAGAUGAGACGCUCAAGGGAAGGUCUUCGCGUUCGAGCCACGAGAACUCGCAAGGCUGCGCAGUGAUCGCACAAGCGCACCUUGAUUUCCUCCGUGCUGGAGCGGAAGUCAUAGGAACUUGCAAGUGGGUACAGCUCAAGAGGCUAGAGACAAGCCUGGAAACGUUUUCGAGAGCAGGCAUCGAUGAUACGGAAGGACGCCGUUUGAUGCUAAGAGCCAUCGACGUGGCACAGUCUGCACGGAAAGCAGCUGGCUCCACGCGUGCUGGGCGCACAUGUCUGCCUCGCCCGCUCAUAGCGCUCAGCUUGGGUCCGUAUGGUGCAUCCUUAUCCAACGGCGCAGAGUACACCGGCUCCUACCCGUCACCAAGCGAUCCUUCGCAGGAACUCGCAUAUAAUCAACUGGUCGAAUUCCAUCGGAAUCGCUUGGAAGUUUUUGCGGCUUCGGCUCAACAUUGGAGCUUGAUCGAUCUGAUCGCAUUCGAGACCAUCCCUCGGCUAGAUGAAAUCAGAGCGAUCAAAUCGGCACUGUCGCAGGUCUGGCAUAGACACAAAGACGAAGUGUCGUGGAGCAAAAAGCCGUGCCUGUUCUCUUGCGUCUUUCCUGAAGAAGGUCUGCGAUUGCCCUUUCCGCACGGCAGACGAUCGGAAACUUUGUGCGAGUGUCGAGACAUAUUGGAAGCCUCGUUCUCACGAGAAAAGGCUGAGGACUGGUCAGGCGACGCGAUCGGCAUAAAUUGCACGAAGCCUCAUCUCAUUCCGCUGCUGGUAGAUCGAUUCACUCAAGCCAUGAAGGAAAGACGCGCAGCAGCGAUCCAGCGCGAAGAAAAGAAGCACCUCUUCCUUUAUCCAGACGGGGGCAAGGUAUGGGAUGGUCAAGCGAGGGAAUGGAAGGCUCGGGCGCAGCCUACGGGAGCAGCGUUGGGCAAUUGGGCCCAGCAACUCCUCGAGAGCGCUAAGUUAGCCAUCGAAAGCGGUGUCUGGGCAGGCGUCUGGCUUGGAGGCUGCUGCAACGUAGGUAUCGAUGAAAUCGAAGCCUUGUCCUUGUUAGUGUCGAGAGAAGCCAGGAGCGCAUAG